AUGGACCUCUUCCACGCCACCCGCGACAACUUCGGUAUGACCAUCAACACGGAGAAAACGGUGGUUACGCAUCAACCGCCACCCGACACUGCCGACGUCGCACCCCAAAUCAACGUGAAAAGAGCCCGACUUCAGGCCGUGAACAACUCCAACUAUCUGGGCAGCUCCCUAUCUCUCAGCACCAAAAUCGACGAUGAAGUGGUCCACCGGAUUUCCAAGGCCAGAAAAACCUCCAGCUGCCUGCAAAACACCAUCUGGAAUCAUCACGUCCCCCAACUCAGCACCAAACCCAAGAUAUGCAAAGCAGCCAUCCUACUGACACCGCUGUAUGGGGCGGUGACCUGGACGGUGUACAAGAAGCAGUCGCGGAGAUCAACCACUUCCACCUCAGCUGUCUUCGACGGAUACUAA